CACGGGCAGCUGACUCUCCUCACACACACUCGCACAGAGGCAGAGACGGCGCUGUACGGGCCAUGGCAGCCGAGCGGCGCUUGUAUUGUUCCGGCCGCAUUCUCACGCCACUCCGCCGCCUCCUGCGGGCAGCUUGAUGGGUGGCUUUGCAGCUGAGGGCCCCGGGAGCGUAGCCGGGCUCGUUCCGAGGAAGCAAGUAUUUAUCUCGGACCUUCUUCAAAUGUACGGCAAUUGAAUUGGAGAAUUAAUUAUCGCCGUGUAAACAAACGCCAUCAAAAUGAGUGUCCAGGGGAAAGGUUUCCCUCUGGACUUGGGGGGAAGCUUUACUGAAGACGCACCAAGGCCGCCGGUUCCGGGCGAGGAGGGAGAAUUGAUCACAACAGAUCCCAGGCCGUUCAGCCAUAGUUACUAUUCUGGAAAAAGCGAUGUGAUCAAAAAUGAGACGUCCACGGCUACGCCGAGGAGGUCAGAUCUGGACUUGGGCUACGAGCCGGAAGGCAGUGCUUCCCCAACACCUCCAUAUUUAAAAUGGGCAGAAUCAUUGCACUCCUUGUUGGAUGACCAGGAUGGGAUUAACUUGUUCAGAACAUUUUUGCAACAAGAAAAUUGUGCCGAUCUGCUUGACUUUUGGUUCGCAUGCAGCGGAUUUAGGAAGCUGGAACCCAGCGACUCCAAGGUGGAGAAAAGGCUUAAACUGGCCAAAGCGAUAUACAAAAAAUACAUUCUCGACAACAAUGGCAUCGUGUCACGACAGAUCAAACCAGCAACUAAAAGCUUCAUCAAAGAUUGUGUCUUGCGGCAGCAGAUUGACCCUGCCAUGUUUGACCAGGCCCAAAUGGAAAUUCAGUCUAUGAUGGAGGACAAUACUUACCCCGUGUUCCUUAAAUCCGAUAUAUAUUUAGAAUAUACCACGGCAGAUGGAGAAAGUCCUAAGGUGUAUAGUGAUCAGAGUUCUGGGUCUGGAGCGGGGAAGGGUCCCACUGGAUAUUUGCCCACCCUUAACGAAGAUGAGGAGUGGAAGUGCGACCAAGGUGUAGAAGCUGAAGGGGAGAGAGAGACUCUGUCCUUGAAUAGGAUUAACCAGAAGCUGGCGUUGGAAGCCACUCCGCAUUGUGCGCCCCCCACCAGGAGACUAAGUGAUGGAAGAGAGUUCAGGCCUGGGACGUGGAGGGAGCCCGUUAACCCUUACUAUGUCAAUACCGGCUACGCGGUGGCCCCCGCCACCAGCGCCAACGACAGCGAACAGCAGAGCAUGUCAAGUGAUGCCGACACCAUGUCCUUAACAGACAGCAGUGUCGAUGGGAUUCCACCGUAUAGAAUGCGCAAGCAUCAUCGCAGGGAAAUGCAAGAAAGUGCCAAAGCAAACGGACGCGUGCCUCUACCUCACAUUCCUCGUCCACAUCAAAUGCCAAAGGAUAUACAUGUCGAUCCUGAAAAAUUUGCUGCUCAGCUGAUCAGUCGCUUGGAGGAAGUCCUGAGAGACCGCGAAGCCGAGCAGAAAUUAGAAGAAAGACUGAAGCGCGUUCGAGCCGAAGAAGAAGGGGACGACGCGGACAUCUCUUCUGCACCUUCAAUGGUUAGCCACAAGUUGCCUUCAAGCCAACCGUUGCAUCACUUCAAUUCUCGGUAUUCUGAUAUGGGUUGCGUGGGAAUGCAAAUCCGGGAUGCGCACGAGGAAAAUCCCGAAUCCAUCCUUGAUGAACAUGUGCAGCGUGUCAUGAAGACACCAGGGUGCCAGUCCCCAGGAACGGGGCGGCAUUCCCCCAAGCCUCGCUCCCCAGACGGUGUUUACUCCAGCAAAACUCUUCCCGGGGCGAUGGGCUCCAUGCAGGCAGGGCACAGCAAACACUCGGCCAAGUCUAGCUCCAAACUAGAGACUGCAAACAUGUUCCCCCACAAGUACGUUUAUCAUCACCUCCAUCCCCAUAGUGGGCUGAAGCCUAAAGAUCAGAUGGAGGCAGAAGCCGCACAGAGGAUUCAGGGUAACGUUGCCUGGAACGCAGAGUCUCAUAACUAUGCAACCAAAUCACGCAAUUACGCAGAGAGCAUGGGGAUGGCGCCCAAUCCUAUGGAUUCUUUGGGUUAUGGUGGAAAAGUAAGCAUGCUUGCCAAAAGGAACGCGAAGAAAGUCGAUUCAGGCAAGAUUGAAAGUGCCAGUUACGAGGUGCCAGCUGUGCCCGAGGAUUCCGAGAGACACCAGAAGAUCAUGCAGUGGAUAAUGGAGGGCGAGAAGGAGAUUAGCAGGCACAAGAAAACCGUCCAUAGCUCCUCGGGUGCCAAGAAGCCGCUUGCUCAUGAUGUGCCUCGUCCCCUUUCCAUCGAGCGGCCCGGCGCAGUCCAUCCCUGGGUCAGUGCUCAGCUCCGCAACGUUGUGCAGCCUUCUCAUCCGUUUAUUCAAGACCCUACCAUGCCUCCCAAUCCUGCCCCCAAUCCUUUAACUCAGCUAGAAGAAGCUCGCAGGCGGCUAGAAGAGGAGGAAAAGAGAACCGGCAAAGUCUCCCUCAAACAAAGGUAUGUCCAAGAGGUUAUCCAACGAGGCCGCACCUCAGUCAGGCCACCUUUUAUUCCACUGCUGAAUGUGGUGCCCGCUGUCUCCGACAUGGACCUCUCAGAGCCACAGUCGAAGCCACAGAAGAAGACGGGAAGUGGCGCCCCACAGCCCUGUGACAACAUAGUCGUGGCUUACUACUUCUGCGGAGAGCCCAUACCCUACAGGACGAUGGUUAAAGGGCGCGUCGUGACCCUUGGGCAGUUUAAGGAGCUACUCACUAAGAAAGGAAAUUACAGGUAUUAUUUUAAGAAAGUAAGUGACGAGUUUGACUGCGGAGUGGUAUUCGAGGAGGUGCGGGACGAUGAUAUGAUUUUACCCAUUUACGAAGAGAAAAUCAUCGGGAAAGUGGAAAAAAUUGACUGAAGAAGCGACAUCUGAAGAUGUAUGAAAUGCAGCGACCGCAGGGCAGAGACUCUGUACCAUGACAUACACACGCGUGUCUCUUUGACAUGGCGUGUCGUGAUACCUGGUGGUGCGUGUUUUUGGGAGGUUUGUUACCGAGGCUGCCGUGUUGAAUCCAAGCGCCCGGCUCGGCCUUUAGCAAUCCCAAAUUCUGCUGUUCUGUUGGGGUUAGUAAAUGUAAUGUAGCCGUGUACAGGAAAAUUAGCUAUUGUAAUAGGACCUUGUUUAUGAAAAUCUUCAUAUUUUUGAUACGUUGUAAUAAAUUGGGAAGCGGUUUUCUGUCA